UAUAUGAAAGUAUCAGAAAGCCCGACUAUAUCGUGAAGAAGCAGAAAUAACCCUGAACGCUGGAAAAUAAGAUUCCGCGGCCAGUCGUGUUGUGCGUCUCACAGUGAUAACUAGUGACAUCAAACAUGGUUCUGGAUACCGAAGACUGGGCUGAUGAGCUCCCAGCAGAACAGAUUGCUGUCUUGCGUAAGGCGUUCGAUGGCUUCGACCACAACCGCUCGGGCAGUAUCCCUUGCGACUUCGUGGCAGAUAUCCUUAGAAUGAUGGGACAGCCUUUUAACAAGAAGAUCCUCGAGGAACUCAUCGAAGAAGUCGAUGCCGACAAAUCUGGUCGUCUUGAAUUUGGAGAGUUCGUCACCUUAGCUGCCAAGUUCAUUGUUGAGGAAGAUACCGAGGCCAUGCAGAAAGAACUUAGAGAAGCUUUUAGAUUGUACGACAAGGAAGGCAACGGUUACAUUCCCACAUCGAGCUUGCGCGAGAUUCUGCGCGAGUUGGACGAGCAGCUAACAGACGAGGAACUCGACGGUUUAAUUCAGGAAAUCGACACUGAUGGCAGCGGCACGGUGGACUUUGACGAGUUCAUGGAAAUGAUGACGGGAGAAUAAACACUAUAUUUCUAUUCUUUUUUAUAAUAUAUUAAUUUCUAAUUUAAGUUAUUUUCUACAUUUCGGUACUUCAACCUUUCGAAACUAGGGAACAUUGGACAAGAUCAUUAACAUCUAACUUCGAUCGUAUAACAUUUAAAGUAUUAUGUAUGUAUUGUACAAAAUAAUAUUUGUUCUUGUUUAAUUGAUGUGUGUGACUGCGUAAUGUUUAUACCUACUUAUUAAUAAAUCUUUUAUUCUAC